GGGUCCCAGACCUCCAGGGUUCAGAGGAAAGAGAGAUCCUGAGAGGUACCUGCACAGGUGAUGUGAUGGUGAGUGAGAAUGAGAAGCAGAAGUCUCAUCAAGAAGAUGCUGAGCAAGUGGAAUCACAUGGAGGAUUAUUGCAAAGAUACAAAGGGGAUGUGUCCAGCAGUCAUGAGCAGGGAAAAGUCUGUGAGAUUCAGCACAAACCAAAGAGGGAGCAGGGAAACCAGCCAGAGGAGAAAAUGGGUAAAUUAAUUUAUUUCUGGGGCACUCAGAAGGACCUCAAGGAAACCACGGCCCACCAGAAAACCCUUGGGGGAAAGAGUAAAAAUACACACACUGAAUGUGGGAAAAAGUUUAGUCACUGCUCAGCCAUUUUAAAACAUCAUGGAAUCCACAUGGGGGAGAGACCCUACGAAUGCUGUGAGUGUGGGAAAAGCUUCACUCGGUGUUCGCACCUUAUUACGCAUCAAAAAAGCCACAAAGGUGAGAAACCCUAUCAAUGCUUUGAAUGUGGGAAAACCUUCAUUCAGAGCUCAGACCUUAUUACACAUCAGCGAAUCCACACUGGAGAGAGACCCUAUGAAUGCUGUGAGUGUGGGAAAAACUUCACUUGGCGCUCACAACUUAUUACGCAUCAGAGAAUCCACACAGGUGAGAAACCCUAUGAAUGCUGUGAGUGUGGGAAAACCGUCACUCAGAGCUCAGACUUUACUACGCAUCAAAGACUCCACACAGGGGAGAGACCCUAUGAAUGCAGUGAGUGUGGGAAAAGCUUCACUUGGCGCUCACAAUUUAUUACGCAUCAGAGAAUCCACACAGGUGAGAAACCCUAUGAAUGCUGUGAGUGUGGGAAAACGGUCACUCAGAGCUCAGACCUUACUACACAACAAAGACUCCACACAGGGGAGAGACCCUAUGAAUGCGGUGAGUGCGGGAAAAGCUUCACUCGGAGCUCACACCUUAUUACGCAUCAGAGAAUCCACACAGGAGAGAAACCCUAUGAGUGCUGUGAGUGCGGGAAAACUUUCACUCAGAGCUCAGACCUUACUACACAUCAGAGAAUCCACACGGGGACAAGACCCUAUGUAUGCUGUGAGUGUGGGAAAAGCUUCACUCGGCGCUCACACCUUAUUACGCAUCAGAAAAUCCACAAAGAUGAGCAACCCUAUGAAUGCUUUGUGUGUGGGAAAAGCUUCACUUGGAACUCAGCCCUUAUCUAUCAUCAGAGAAUCUGCAAGGGAGAUAAAUACCAGGAAAAACUGUAGGGCUAUUCAAACAUUUUGUUUUCUUUAAUACUUUUACUAAUUACCAUGUAGUAACUUUUAGUGCUGUUCGAACCAUUUGCAUCUCUGUCAUCCUGCAACUUGUCCAGAUGAGUUGCCAAUUUUUGCCUUUUGCCCCAUUUUGGGGUGGAUCCCGUUGUCCUUUCUGUUAACUCCAUUGUCCCAUGAGUAAUGGGAGUUGUCACCCUGCCUCAGUGGGUCACAUCUGAAAAUACCAUAUUCAGGACAAACUGCUGAGAAGUAGCACAGACACACCCCAAAACUGGUGGUUAUUCUUCUGUAAGAUAUACCAAACUAGAAACAAAAGUAAACUUCUGUCUCACCACACUGGGUAACAAGAAGUCAGAAAUGCAGCCUCCCUAAGUAUUCCAGUUUUGGAUUCAACACUCAGACACUAGACUUAAUGAUGAGUGGUUAUUUAAGACCAAUUUCAUCAACCAAAGGACCAGCCAUGUACCGAAGUCAAUAUAUAACUCAGAUCUUACCCAAUAAUCAUGCUGUUGCCAAUCUUUUAGUAUCUAAAAUCUAAAUGUUAAUUAUAAGAGAAAAGAAAGAGGUAAGAGUUGUUUAAAGGAAUCAAAUACAUACAAUAAUUGCCAAGUUCUUGAAUCCGGCUUGAAGCAGUGAUGGCAUAAACUGCUGGCUUGUUAAGUCUCUGGUUGCUUCCAAAUGAUUGGAAGGUCCUCACUUCCUUGGUUAGACUGUUCCCAUUAGUAUAAGUUCAUAGUCCAGAGGUUAGAGCAGGAAAGAUGCAAAAUGGAGAUGUUACUAGGACAUUUUAUACUGUAUAUGCUCGUUCAUAAGCCAAAUAUUUUUGGUAAAAAAGUGAUGCAUCAAAGAAUGGGGGUCGGCUUAUAAACAGUUCUACACCAAAAUUUGAUUAUUUUAAACUCUAUGGAAUCAUUAAAUUGAAUAUCUAAUACAUUGUCAUUUUGUUUACCUGGAGCAUCUGCAGGCAUGGAGCCCCUCAGCUCCCUGUGGCCACGGUUCACCAUUCCCAGCCAAUGGGAGCUGCAGGAAGUGGCAAUGGUGACUCUGAACCUAGAUGUGACUGAUCCCCAACUCCCAUCUGCAAGGGCCAAAGGAGAAAGCUCUCCCCUCCACCCCAGCCAUCUGACUGCUUCCUUGCAUGUUGGGCUGGGAAGGAGUCACCUCUAGGAGAUGUCACUGGUAAGUGGGGGUAGGGGCAGUUAGUGGGCCCAGGGUGACUCCAUGGAGUGUGCGUCCCAGUCUGUUCACCCGUUUACUGGACUAUGUCAAAGUUUCUACAAAGUAUGCCUUAUAAGGUAUCAUUUAAAAGCUCAUAAUUGGCUGAUCAUUAUUGUCCUGGUAUAAUAUGUAUGACAACAUUGUAUGUAAAGUCAUAGUCUUCUACAAACAGUUCUCCAGGGACAAAAGGCUAGCCAAUGCCCCAGCCAGGUGACAAAAAGAUCAAAUGGACCAUCACCUGAUUAAGUGGCCAUUCAUCAGCAGGAAAGAGGGUGUGAGCAAAAAUCUGCAUCUUGACAAAGAAGCAGCUUGAAGUUCCUUCCCAAACAGACUUUUUGUCUGGAGAUGACUCUUGCACAAGAAAGGGGUCUAUAAAAGAAGAAAGCAAAACGCAGCACAUGGUCUCCCUCCUUUUCUCUCUACCCACAACAUCAUGAACAUCUGAAGAACAAAGGAAGGAGCAAGGACUGAGGGGGAGAGCCUCCCUGAACACUGACUCAACUGGUAAAACUGUGUCAGCGUAUGCCUUGAAGUCACUCAGUUUGUUGAGUUUGGUGUUACCUGUGUUUUACCUUUUAUAGCUUUGUAACCAAUUCGGACUUUUAUGCCUCAUUACUUGUAGUCACUUAAAAAUCUGUCUUUCUGUAGUUAAUACACUUGUUUUAUUGUUUUAUCUAGA